UGGGAAUGACAAGUGGUAGCAAGGCUCAUCUUCUCUGGCUGCUGGAUUAGCUGCUGCGAAUGUGCAGUUGGAGAAGGGAGGCUCUAAGACCCAGGAGGUAAAGGGAAAGGAAGCAUUGCUUUUGCCAUAGAAGAGAAAUCCCUCCAGUGCUGGCCCAGAGAGGAGAGGAGUGAAGUCAGUCACCUGCUGGUGAAGGACAGAAAAGCAGAUCGAGGAAGAAGAGACACAUCUCUGCCUCCCUCUCCUGAUCUCUGGAAGACUCAGCUCUGCCAACUCUCCGCCGAGGAGGAGAUCCUCUAUUGCCGGAGAUCUGAAUUGCCGGAGAUCUCUAUUGCCGGAGAGAUCCGUAUUGCCGGAGAUCCCGUGUCUGCAGAGCCCAUUGGUGGAAGGGACCCCUGGAAGUGAUCACAUCUAACACAUAGGAUGAUCAUUGAUCGGCGGGUCGGGGGGAUGCGUAGUUGCCGGAUUUUGGGGGGAUUUGCCGCAUGAUGCUGUACAGGGAAGCCGCUUAGGAUUCAGCUGUGAUCUGUCCCGGUGAAUGGACAUCGAUAUUCCGGGAUCACCUGUCGCUGAGUGAAGUGAAUGGUGUGUAUGUGACCCCCCCGGGCACCCCCUGGAUUUGCUAGCCCUUUUCGGAUGAUGAGGUUGAUCAGAGCGGUCAGAUCUGGGGAAAGGCUUCUUCUCUGAGACAAGUUUCCUCUGCAUGGACAAAGUCCCGCACAGGUCAGCUCACGGGAGAAGACAAGGAAAUUGCAUUUCUGGCAGCACUUGCUGAAAAUACUGUGUAUGAAAAUAGACAACAAAUGCAGCCACCACAUCUGGGGACUGGCUGUUAACUAUCACUGAAACCAACACAUAUCAAUACACUUGUGAUCCUGGGGAUGAACCUGUACAUCAAUAGUGGGUGGUGGCUGAAGCAUAACUUGAAGAUAAAGUACAUUGGGGGAAGAUCUGAGCUAUCACUAAUGUACUGAGGACACAGCAAAGAACCAUCUACACAUCAUGACAAGGAACCAGUAAAGAUGAAAAUUGGGACUGUUAAAAUAUUUCCUUGCGUACCAGUCUCAUUAGAUAAGUAUAUAAGGAACACCAAAUCCUGAAUGUGCCAAAACACCUGCAAAAAAGAAUGCCGUGGUUUUAUUGCAAAAUAUGACACGAGAACAGUACAUUUUGGCCACACAACAAAAUAACCUACGGACUGAAAACACUCAAUUUUACCCAGUGGGCAUUUACGGAUGGCGGAAGAGGUGUUUAUACUUCUUUGUCCUUUUGUUAUUGGUUACCAUGAUUGUUAACUUAGCAAUGACGAUAUGGAUAUUGAAAGUAAUGAAUUUUACAGUGGAUGGCAUGGGCAAUUUAAGAGUUACUAAAAAAGGAAUUCGACUUGAGGGUGUUUCUGAAUUUCUUCUUCCAUUAUAUGUGAAAGAAAUACAGUCCCGAAAGGACAGUCCACUGGUAUUACAGUCUGAUAGAAAUGUAACAGUUAAUGCAAGGAACCAGAAUGGGCAUCUGACAGGUCAGAUGGUAGUAGGUGCAAAUGCUGUAGAAGCCCAAUGUAAGAGAUUUGAAGUAAAGUCAAAUGAGGACGGGAAGAUGUUGUUUUCAGCAGAUGAGGAUGAAAUCACAAUUGGUGCUGACAGACUCAGAGUUACAGGAACAGAAGGAGCUGUGUUUGGACAUUCUGUGGAAACACCGCAUAUAAGAGCAGGACCUUCACAAGACCUCAGACUUGAAUCUCCAACAAGAUCUCUAACCAUGGAGGCACCAAAAGGUGUACAAAUAAAUGCUGUUGCAGGAGAAUUCAAAGCCAGCUGCAGAAAAGAGUUACAGUUACAGUCCACAGAUGGGGAGAUAUUUUUAGAUGCAGAUAAUAUCAGACUAGGAAAUUUACCACAAGGUUCCUUUACAUCAUCAUCACCAAACUCAGUAGGACCUCGACAAACUGUCUAUGAGCUUUGCGUUUGCCCAAAUGGCAAACUGUACCUUUCUCCAGCAGGAUCUAGUUCCACAUGUCAAUCCAGUAGCAACAUUUGUCUGUGGAGCUGAAGGAACUCCAUGAUUUAUCACACCAGAAUAGCCUUUUGCUACUAUCUCUUUGCUUCACGAUUCUACUCAGAUUCCCAUGUGGUUUGUUGAAUGCUUAAUGGUCUUCAGGGUUUCUUCCAGCAUAGAAGAGGAUAUAAUACUGCCUGGAAGUUUUAAUUCAACAUUGGAAGCAAUCCUGCAUUGAGAUGGGGGUGAAAAAUUCUGACAUGCAUACCUGAACUGCUGAAUGUUAGUCUAAAAGGAUUCAAAGGGUGCCUUGGCUAUGUGGAGUGAAGCACAUCUCUGUUUUGCAGGAAUUUGGAGAAAUGGAACAACACACUAAUUUACGAGUGUACUUACUGGACAUCUAUUUGGAAAACAAUAAAAUCCUGUUUGGAAAAGAAAAAGACUGUACUGUUUUAAAGCACAAUUUUCCAUUUAAUAUUUUUGGAUGUAUACUUUUAUCCCACAAAUGAAAUAAAUAUUAAGGUAUUAUGUGAUAUUGCCUUUAUUAAACAAUUAAAUUGGAAAUAUUGUUUUUAAAAAAUUUCUUCCUUGGGCUCCUUGCUUUGAUUUUUAAAUAUAUUUUAUUUUAUACACCAAAAAAGUAUCUAGUUUAUACACUAA